ACAUAAAUAGAUUGUCAAGGUUUCUGGUUUUCAAUAUUCUGCAUGAGUAAAAUGAAUGCAGGAAAAACUCCAUUGAACAGAGCAGAUGAGGCAAGACCUAAAGGCCAGGCAGAGAAAUCCAUUGACUUUCCCACCUAUAGCUCCCAUACAAUGGAUAAAGGGUGAAGUUCUUAGGUAUUAUUAUAACUUACCUAAAAACAUAGCAAUGGGACAGGAAGUCUAACUAACAUGUUUGAGAGCACGUAUCUGAAUAUAUGUUUAGGAGCUGCUCAUUUUAGAGCUGCAACAGGGGCCUGACUUUUGUUUUUGUACCUUUAUGGUCUCUUGGGCCUAGAUAUGUGAAACAGGUACAUUUGCUGGAGAAAGUAGAGGCACAAAACGUCUGCUCUUAACCACCAUAUUCCACACAAAGCUCAUCCAUGCACUUGUGUCAUCAACUUUCUCAUCCAGGGCAGAUGACAAGAAGACUGACACAACACAGGCAAGGUCAGGUACGAAGUCCAUCCAGCUGCCUUUCCCACCUGAGCAGCAGCAGGAGGUGCUUUAGGCAAGGCAGAAGAUGUUCUGUGUAGGUCAUUAAGUAAUUAGCUCUGUGGCUGCAGUUCCCUGGGAUAUUCCUAAAUGCUGUCAGCUGGGGGUUGGCUCAUGGGCUGCAGCUUUCCACACCUUCUGUGAGAUGUGGCUUUGUCCUUUCAGUAAUGCAGAAGCUUCAGCUCAUCUCUGACACCUUCUCUGUCUGUGAGAAAAUUCUCUCUUCUCUCUUUUGCUAGCUUCUUUGAUCUUUGCUGCCACCUGCUAUUUGCUAUUCAAUCUAGGAGCUAUUUUGAAGCUUGGAUGGUAGGAAGAAGUGUUUACAGAAGACUUACAAGCCUUGCAGUUAGUGCUAUUUCCCUUCUGGAGCAUGUCACGGAGUCUAAAGGCUUAAUUCUUACUCUUGGAGCUGUGGUUUAUGGCAAAUGUAUGAAUUAAUGCUACCUUCCUUCCCUUUUUCAUCCUUUGCUUGGUGUGCAGUGAAGAAGAGGCUUUCUCUCUAAAAUUUUAAAUGCUUCCAGUUCAUUAAGGAGGCUGUUUCUCAGACUUAAUGAGAAGUUUCUGCUGAGGAAUGAAACAGCCACAAACCCUUAUACUUAAUGACUAAGACCAUUAGAGAUAACUCCCAUCUGCACAAUGCCAUACUGAUUCACAGGCCAUGAUGGCCUUGACCAGCCUCACCUGGGGCCUCACCAACCCUGCCAGUGGCCCCAGGAGCUCCGUUUCAACCCAGUUUGGGGAUCUGCUGGCCUCUAUGCUGUCCUUACAGUGUGUAAGCCUCUCAUUUUUCAUCAUCUUUCUCCUGGUCAAAGGAGCCAGGGUGUCAAACUAUGUUUCUUAUUGUGAGACCCUGAAGUGGAACAAGCUGCUCUUUCUCAGCUUUCUCAGAGUUGAUUAUGCUGUUAUGUUGGAGGAGGUCCAGUUGGGUGUCAGGAGGCUCAGAAAAGACCAGAGGACAGUCCGGUGCUUUGGGACAGACGGCUCAUCUCUUGGAAGAACAAGGGAACCUACAAGGGAAACUAAAGGCUCUAAGAAGCUUCCAGCUUUCAUGUGAGCAUGUGAUGCCACCUGAGACUCCUUCAUCUUCAGUUCAUGCUCUGAGGCCAGCUGACAUUACUGCAGUCACUGCAAUAGGAAAUGUGCAAAGAACACCAGGACCCAGCGUUCAUCAAGAAGGCUUACUCCAAAGCACAGGAAAGAGCCUCCUUGACGUGAGCGUGGAAACUUUAGCAGCUCUCAUUAGCAGUUUUAAUCCCUCGGUCCUGCACCAGUCUCCUCUGCCUGGCACAACGGGAUCAGAUGGUCAAGCCACAGACCUCCUGGAUCAAGCAGUAGAAGUAGUGAAGCUCAUGAAAGAGAAUCAGAUGAUGGAUUUCCAAAAUGACUGGAAAUUGAUCACAGUUUUCUUUAGUGCUGAAAACCCGUGCUCUUCCUGUGCUUUCACACAACCGGAGAAAUGCAUGUUGGAAAACCUGGAAAAACUUCAAGAGGUCUUGGACUUCUUAUAUAAAGAAGUUCCCAAAGCCUUUGUAAAUCUGGUAGAUUCCACUGAGCUCACAACUUCUUUUCUUGUGUGCCAAGAUCCCAAUAAUGCAAGCAAUCCUGUUGGGAAUCAGUGCAAUUGUGUUCACGAACACUCCACGCUAGAUGAUAACAUACUGAGGUGGUCCUAUCAGGAUGCUUGGGGAAAACUGCUAGAGUCUGCGAGGUAUGAUCAAAAAGAUGACUUCACUGUUGUUCUUCAGCCUUCUUUCCAAGAAACAAAUCUGUUGCUCAGACUGGACAGGGAUGACUUCAUCACCACGUCAAAGACAGAAGUGGAAAAACUGGAAGAAGAUUAUACUUUCUUGUCUGUGGGUCUCUGGAACAACAUGAUGGAGCCAGUUGGGCAGAAGAAGCCUUACGAUUUCACAAAAAUGCUUCAGAUCCAAUGUCCAUCUCAGGAAAAUCCAUAUUUGUUCACGUAUAGAAAUAGUAAUUACUCACCUACCCCAGAGACAUCAAACAUCAAAGAAAGAUCUCAGGAGAGGAGUUAUGGAACAAAUAUUCCUUGUUACAACCAGAGACCUUCUGAUACAGUUCCAGUUUCAGUUCAUAAUUUGAGACCAGCAGAUAUUCAGGUGAUUGCUGCCCUGGGAGAUUCACUCACAGCAGGUAAUGGGGCAGCAUCCAAACCCCAUGAUGUUCUGGAUGUCCUGACUCAGUACCGAGGUAUUUCUUGGAGUGUUGGAGGAAAUGAAAACAUAAGCACGGUCACAACACUAGCAAAUAUUCUUCGUGAGUUCAACCCAACCUUGAAAGGGUAUUCCACUGGCACUGGAAGGGAGACUACAGAAAAUGCUGCACUCAACCAAGCAGUGGCAGGGGAUAAGGCAGAGGAUGUUCCUGCACAGGUUAGAAGACUGGUGGAUCGAAUGAAGAAUGAUACUAGAAUAAAUUUGCAGACUGACUGGAAGCUUGUAACACUCUUCAUAGGAGGAAAUGACCUAUGCAAAUUCUGCGAGGAUCCAAUACGCUAUUCUCCUGAAAACUUCACCUAUAAUAUUCAAACAGCUUUGGACAUGCUUCACAGAGAGGUUCCACGGACGUUUGUGAAUCUGGUGACAGUGCUUUCCAUAACAAGCCUGCGUGAGUUAUACGCAGAGAAAAACGUCAGCUGCCCAAGGACUCUUAUGAGGCUUUUGUGUCCUUGUGUACUGAAAUACGAUGACAAUUCCAGUGAGGUCGAGCAGUUGGCCAUUUUCAACAAAAGGUAUCAGGAAAGAACCAAAGAGUUAGUGGAGAGUGGAAGAUAUGACACUAGGGAAGAUUUCACAGUGGUUCUGCAGCCAUUCCUGACUCAUAUCGACAUGCCAAGAACAGAGGAGGGGUUGCCUGACAAUUCAUAUUUUGCCCCAGACUGUUUCCACUUCAGCCAGAAGUCUCAUUCCCAGGCUGCACGUGCUCUGUGGAACAACAUGCUGGAACCCGUAGGGAAGAAGACAGACAAUCAACAAAUAGGAAAUGAAAUUUCUCUCAAAUGUCCGAGUGAGGCUGAGCCAUUCCUGAGGACAUAUAAAAACAGUAAUUACACAUACCCUAACCAAACUCCAAAUUAUGGAAGCCAACUGCUAUGUGAAGACAGAUCUCCAUCCUCCCCUUCUUCAACUUCAGUGCAUUCCCUAAAGCCAGCUGAUGUGAAAAUUGUAGCAGCCCUUGGGGAUUCUUUGACGGCUGGAACGGGAAUUGCCUCAUACAAUCUCACGGAUUUGAACACCGAAUACCGGGGACUGUCAUGGAGUAUUGGAGGGGAUGCCUCGUUAGAGAACGUAACAACUCUACCUAACAUCUUCAGAGAGUUCAAUGCUAUGAUCGAGGGCUAUUCAACUGGCACUGGGAGUGAGAAUGAUGUGAAUGCAUUCCUUAACCAGGCAGUUCCCGGAGCAGAGGCUGAGCACUUACCAACCCAAGCAAGAACUCUCCUGAGACUAAUGCAAACUGAUUCUAGAAUUGACUUCAAUGCUGACUGGAAAAUCAUAACCGUGUUUAUUGGAGGCAACGAUCUGUGCAACUAUUGCAAGGACCCCGAUCACUACUCAGCUGUAAAUUUCACCAGAAGAAUUCAAGAAACUCUUGAUAUUCUGCAUGGGCAGGUUCCAAAAGCUCUAGUGAAUCUGGUUGACGUGAUAGACAUCCUCCCUCUGAGACAGUUGUUUGUGGAUACUCAAGUUCCGUGCCCCACUUUCAUGGCAGAUUAUCUGUGUAGUUGUGUUCUCACAGGAGAAGAAAACUCCAAAAAUUUAACAAUGGUGAGGGAAGCCACCAGAGCUUACCAGCUUGGUGUUCAGGGACUGGUGGAGUCUGGCAGAUACGAUACUCAUGAAAAUUUCACAGUGAUCAUUCAGCCCUUCCUCCGAAAUACCAUGAUUCCUCUUGGACAGGAUGGGCAUCCUGAUGUCUCCUACUUUUCACCUGACUGCUUCCAUCCAAGCCAGAAAGGCCAUUCUCAGCUUGCCAGGGCUCUCUGGAAUGCUCUGUUACAGCCUGUAGGCCAGAAAGCUGACUCAUUUAACUUCAUGGUUGACGCUGUCCUCAGCUGCCCGACUCAGGCUAAACCCUUCCUGGCAACAUAUAAAAAUAGCAACGACACCCAUCCAACCGUGGUUCCCACCAGUGAGCCAGCAGAGAAUUGGGGCAGUGACCUGUCGUGUUCAGAACAGACUCCAUCCAGUCGUGUCCCAACAUCAGUACAUGAGCUACAACCUGCUGACAUCAAAGUCAUUGGUGCACUGGGAGAUUCCCUGACUACUGCUGUAGGAGCCAAAUCAACAGACCUACAAACAGACUGGAGGGGACUUUCCUGGAGUAUCGGAGGUGAUGGGACCCUCGAGACCCGAACUACUUUACCUAAUAUCUUGAAAAAAUUCAGUCCAAACAUCUUUGGCUUUUCCACUGGUAGCAGCAAGGAAACAGCUGGAUUCAACGCUGCACAGAAAGGUGCCACUGCACGCAAUAUGUCAGCCCAAGCACGUGAAUUGGUGGAGCUCAUGAGAAGCAGCUCGAAAAUUAACUUCAAGGAGGACUGGAAGCUGAUCACUAUCCUCGUUGGAGGCAAUGACCUGUGUCAAUACUGCUUUGAUAAGGAAACCUAUUCAGUGCAAAACUAUGUGAAGCACCUUCAAGACACUCUGGACAUUUUCUACGAUGAGCUUCCAAGAGUCUUUGUCAACAUGGUGGAGAUACUAGAGAUUUCUGGACUGCGUCAGAUCGCAGCGAGCUCUUCAGAGUGCACUCUGACAGGAAUGAAUAUUUGCCCGUGUUUCUUAAGCCCCAAGGAAAACUCUUCUGAACUACAAGAAAUUAAGAGAGUUAACAGAGAUUUUCAGGCUGAAGCCUUACAGCUGGUCAACAGUGGUCGGUACGAACAGCGUGAGGACUUUGCAGUUGUUGUGCAGCCAUUCUUCCGAAACACCUUGUUGCCCUUGGAUAGGGAUGGCAAGCCAGAUCUGAGUUUCUUUGCUGCAGACUGCUUUCAUUUCAGUGAGAAAGGCUAUGCUGAGAUGGCUAUGGCUCUCUGGAAUAACAUGAUGGAGCCAGUUGGUGAAAAGCAGACUUACAACAACUUUACCUAUGACAGGUCAAAACUCAAGUGUCCAAACCCCGAGAAACCCUUUCUUUCCACGCUGAGAAACAGUGGGUUCAGGAAUUCAGCUCCCAGCUCUGAGAAAACUGAACCUUCGGUGCCCUACUGGGCUGUCAUUGUGGCAGCGUUAGCUGGAGUCCUGGUGGGUUCUGCACUCAUCUGGGCUGUGUCAAGAAGAACCAUGAGACACCGACAAGAGACCAAAACAGAAAAGAACAUGAAAACAACAUCUCUGUAAAGCAAGUGGAACAAACAUCUGGUUCUGCUGAGGCUGCUCUCUGCUGUGACAGAGACCAGUAGCAUGAAAAAAUGGUUGGACAUUAAUCAAGCUUCUUGGUUAGCCAAGGGAUUUUGUAGCCCAAUAAUAUUGAUCAGAAAUGCACUGUAGGACUAGCUUCUGCAGGUCAGUGAAGUGGGCAAUGCCAUUCUAAGUGUUAAAGCUUUUUUGUUCCUGGUUUCGUGAAUAUUACUUAGGCUGACAAUUGCUUUCAUGAAGCAAGAAAACUUGUUCAUGUACCUUGGCACCUUAUUUGCACAUCUGCCCUUUUUUUCUUGUAAAACUCUGUAUAUAAAAUGUUAGAUUCAAGUCCAUGAUUGUAACCUGGUGUUUCCUAAUGCCAAAGUAAGUGCAAUAAAGAAGAAAAACUGCAA